AUGAGAAGAGGUAGACCCCCAGUUGGCCGAGAACAAUCCGAGGACAGAAUAGACAGAUUAGAAAGAUUGGUUGAAAGUUUGGCCGAUGAGUUAAGGCAAGCAAGGCAGCAGAACACCGGUACCACCUCUACCCAGGCCGGGCAGACAGAUGGCCAACAUGCAGCUCCACCACCGCCAGUACCACAAAUGCCUCCGCAGCCAGCUUUGUAUGGAGAUGACACAUUGACCCUGAUCAGGGAAUUCAAGAAGAUGAAACCGCCGAAGUUCCAGGGAGGUAUAGAGCCGAUGAAAGCAGAAGCAUGGAUUCUUGAGAUAGAGAAAAUGUUCGAGGUUUUUCCUAGCACCGCCGCUCAGAAGUGUUCGAUAUCGCAAGACUACAGAAUUUCAGAUGUUGACACAGGGAAGCAGACAGUGGCAGAGUAUGAUCGUGCUUUCACUGAGUUGGCAAGGUAUGCACCUCACGUGGUCGACAACGAGUACAGAAAAGCUAGGAAGUUUGAGGGUGGACUCCGAGGGCCAAUACAAGAUCAAGUUAAUUUGCUCAACAUGCCGAUGUAUGCUGGAGUGUUAGAUGAAGCCAUCUUUGCAGAAGCCAACCUGAACAAAAGUCAAAGUUCGAGGAAGAAUCAGAGGAAGAGGCAGACCUAUGACAAUCGCGAAGAAGAGGCAAACCCGAAUGACGCCGAGGAGAAGACAAGGGAGGAUAGUCCCAACAACGCGAAUCAGGAAGGUGGAACCUGGCCGACAUGUGCAAGUUGCGGGAAGCGACAUUUAGGAGUUUGUCAUCGGACAACUGGAGCAUGUUUCGGAUGCGGUGAGAUGGGUCAUCGUAUUAAGGAUUGUUCCAAGGUAAAAGCUAAGGAAGAUAAGAAGAGAUGA